CCCCAGAGUCUGUAGCUGCAAAAAUGUCCGUAUUGUAUGUGCAUUCACAACUACAGCCUUUAGUAACUCCAUAGCUGCACCCUCCAAAGGGAAAACAACAUUUAAGCACUUGCUGCUGUUGCUACGUAGCUUCAACAUAAGGUGAAGAAGCUCUGAUGUGACAGCUGCAGGCUGUGAGGAUGGCAGCAGACACAGUGGGGUCUGAUUAGACUGGCUGUGUGUUGGAGGUCCACAGUUUGGAAAUAAUGCCGUACAGUAACAGAGAGCUGGUGGAGUUCUUCAUAAGCCACAAGUUGUCUCAGAAGAACUACCCAACCUCUCUGCUGAAGCCUGAGGAUGCCAGUGGAAAGACUGAGAGAGACAAGACCACCACAGUUGCUAGUAAUGGCUCGCUGCUCACCAGCAGGAAUGGCAGCAGGCAGCCGAGGACAUCAUCAUCCCCUCAUGGCGACAUAGAGGCUGUGAAGGCAGCGCUUCGGGACUCAGCCGACAAGUUUGAACUGCUCUUCACAGAAGCGUUUAGUGACCUCUCCUCACAGAUUGACAUCACUCCCGAAACCGCCUACCACAGCUUUAAGAGCGUGAUGGACGAAGUGUUCAAGGAUGGAGUCAAUUGGGGACGUGUAGUGGGCCUCUUCACUUUUGGCGGUGCUAUUUGUGUGAAGUGCGUUGAGAGGAAUAUGAGCGACUUGGUUUCCCGCAUCGUUGACUGGAUGACUAUUUACCUGGAUGAGCACAUCAACCCGUGGAUCCAGAGCCAAGGAGGCUGGGACUGCUUCGUUGAGCUUUUCGGGCGCGAGGCAGCCGCAGCUGGAACAACAUCACGGGAUUCUCUGAGGAGGUGUCUGCUGGCUGGAGCGGUGCUGCUAAUGGGAGUGCUGGUCGGCGUGCUCAUCGCUAAGAAACAGUGAAGGUGCUGCAUCCUGCUCACCGCCGCACAAAGCCCUCGUGUAAUGCUACGCCAACAUUAAAAAAAAUAAAACCCCAACAAACUAAACUAAAUAGUUAAUGUUUACAAAAAGCCCAGUCUGCUUGUGCACUGACAGAAUGUGGAUUUGGCUGAAGCAGGAGUAAAGCAGUAGGAGUGUCCAUCAUAUGUAGCUUGGUGAGCUGUUAUACUCCUCACCCCGCUUUGUCCUGUGUCUUUUAAUUGUUUUUGUUUUUUUUAACACACAGCAGAUUUUUAAAGAGUGUCACUGAAGACUGGAAGUGCUUUAAUGAACCUGAUAAGCUAAGAAACAGUGACACAGAUUCAGCUGGUUUGAUGAGACUGGUUUUUUUUUUUCUUUUUUCAUUUGUGUGUUAUCCAAGGACCAAUUUUGAUCACUUAAAAUACCAACUUACAGCUGACCGAGAGUAUAAGUUAUAUUUCCUUUUCACUGUGUAAUGCUCCGCUCCUUUUUGUUGGCUGUACUGGAGUUUUAAGCAUGCUUAAAAAAAAAUAAAUAUAUUU